AGAGCCCCAUGUAUGACCGUGCCUGUGCUCAGCUCUCUGGAUUUCACUGUUCAGCAAAGAGGAGUGAAUGGAGCUGCAGCUUUGGACAAGCUUUGGAAUGUAUCUGGCCAUUAAAGCAGCGUUUUAUUCAGGGUUGUGCAAGUGUUAGGAGCUGCUUCCCAAAGGGCUGCUGGGCACCGUAGCACUGUAGGAUGCUUCGCAAUGCCCUAGGAAAAGCCUGCCGGUUUCUGGGCUACACGGUGCAGUAUGGCUGCAUAGCACACUGUGCCUUCGAGUACCUUGGAGGGAUUGUUGUGUGCUCUGGACCUUCCAUGGAACCAACCAUUCAGAACUCAGAUGUUGUUUUUUCAGAGAACCUCAGCCGCCACUUUUACUGCAUCCAAAAAGGAGAUAUUGUAAUUGUGAAAAGCCCAAAUGACCCCAAAUCAAAUAUCUGUAAAAGAGUAAUUGGCUUGGAAGGGGAUAAAGUCUGCACAAGCAACCCUUCAGAUUUCCUUAAGAGUCACAGCUAUGUGCCUAAAGGACAUGUCUGGUUAGAAGGUGAUAAUCUCAGGAAUUCUACAGAUUCCAGGUGCUACGGACCUGUUCCUUAUGGGCUGAUAAGAGGACGCAUUUGUCUUAAGAUAUGGCCUCUGAAUGACUUUGGAUUUCUACGUGCAAGCCCCAACGGCCACAGAUUUCUUGAUGAUUAAAAGACUUAUGUACUAUUGACUGUUUUCAUAGUAUUUUCUACUAAAAUGAAUGGAACUAUUUUUGCUUAGAAUAAACACAAAUACUACUUGACAAAGAUAUCCCUUUCUGAGAUUACACCUAACUUCAGAGUGAGAAUGAUACACUUGGUGUCAUCAACCAAAAUGAUGUGCCUGCCAUCAGCAGGCGGUGCCAGGGCUGGCACUGAACACAGCACCAGUGGGGUUCCAGACCUGCAGGUGGGGUUUCCUCUGGCUGCCCAGUGGGGUCAGAGCUCAGCUUCCUCCUAAGCUGUCCUCUCAGGAAUGAUGACUCCAUUUGUUCUGCCUCGGAGAGCCUCAGCCCAGCACGUGCUCCUGCUCCAGGUGAUGCCACUGUCACAGGGCAGGCACAGCCACUGCUUCCAGCUGCCAGCCUCUGCCUCCUCCUCCUAGGCCCCAGCCCUUGGGAGGAUUUCAUGAACUUAAAUAUUUAGCUUACAAAUGGAAAAUGUUCCUGUUUCCCACUGCUGAACUUUGCUCUUCAUUAUCUUCAAAGCAUUCUCACGUCUGUGCCUCCUGAUUGAAUUUUGUCAUCUGAGCUGUUGCAAGGAUUUAACCUAAGAAGAAGGGCCCAAGAGCUGCUUCAGACUGAAAUUGGAAGGAGCUGCUCUGUUGUUUGCUGGGAAAGAGACCUUUAGAUCAGGAGAUGCAUUCCAGUUGUACAAACUGCUGUUCUGGGUUGGAGGUGUUGAGCAAUGAGCUCUUGAGCUGCAGUAGGAGAAUCCCAGCUGUGAGAGCAAAGGGGAACUUGUCAUUUUUAACCCUGAAUGAACUCAUUCUUGUAGUGCCCCCCUGUUCUUUAACAUACAUUUCCUUAGCAGAUUCUGUCACGUGUUUGCCCAGUCUUUUGAACAGUUUGUAACACUCAAUGUGCUUCACUGAAACAAUCAUUGCAGGAUCUGGAUAACAAGUGAACAUGUGUCACAACAAACCAAAGAUACAUCUUUGGUUUCACUCUUGGAGACACUGUAAUUCCCACCACAUCGACAGGACAGAGUGUAGAGUUGUUCAUCUGCCAAAAAAGAAAACAAAAACACCUUUAGUGCUGGAGAAGAAUCAAGAAUUUAUUUAGGAUUUUCUUCACAAAGCUGCUCUUAGUAACAACCUCCCACUGCUGGGUUGUAAGUAUCAGUAUCUGUGCUACCUUUGUAGCUCAAAAAAUAAUCUCAAAGUGUUUCAGUGAUUGAGGAAUUCUUACACUGAACAACCAGAGCCAAUGGAGUCUCUUCAAAAAAAAAACAAAAAACAAACAA